AUGGGGAGGCAGCGGGAGCCGGGCAGGGCGGUGGGGCCCGACGGGGCGGCGAGCUGUCAAAGAGGCAUCCCGGCCGCCGGGAGCGGGAGCAGCCCUAUGUGUCCUUAACCUGCGAGACCCCCCACCCCGCUCGCCAUGAACACCGAGGAGCAGUAUUACGCCUCGGCGCAGCUCUACAAGGAGUCGUGUGCCUUUCAGAGAGCCCAGGCGCAGGAUUACAACCCCAGCCCCCCCGCCUGUUUGUACAUGGGCAGGCAGCAGCAGACUCCUUACUCCAGCGCCUUGGGGGCUCUCGAGCAAGGCAGCCCACCAGACAUUUCACCUUACGAGGUGCCCCCCAUCACAGAGGAUGCCGGGGUCUCUCAUCUUCAUCACCACCAUCACCCUCAUCUUCCUCCUCACCAGGACGCACUGCCUUUCGCAGAGGGAACGGACACGGGAUCCAUAGAGGAGCCCCGCAUGCAGGUGCCUUUCGCCUGGAUGAAGUCUACCAAAUCGCACUCCUGGAAAGGACAGUGGGCAGGGGGAUCCUACGUGGUGGAGCAGGAGGAGAACAAGCGGACAAGGACGGCAUACACCCGGGCGCAACUGCUGGAGCUGGAGAAGGAGUUUCUUUUCAACAAGUACAUUUCCAGGCCCCGGCGGGUGGAGCUGGCUGUCAUGUUGAACUUGACCGAGAGGCACAUCAAGAUCUGGUUCCAAAACCGGCGCAUGAAGUGGAAAAAGGAAGAGGACAAAAAGCGAGGGGCGGGAAACAGCAACGACCCCGACCAAGACUGCGUGGUGUCCUCCGGGGAGCUGCAGGGCAAGGAGGAUCUCCCCCCGUGCCCCCCAGGCAACCUGCCUUCGGGGGCCUCCAGAGACCUUCUCGGCUCCAGCCUCGCCCCCAGAAGGCAGCAGGACUCUCGGUGAGCCGCGGAGAGCCCGGGCCAACGAGACAGAGGCUCCAGCUCCCCGCCGCCGUACUGUGCCGUGGCCGACCCUCGCCCGCCUUCCCCCGGGGUGACUCAGGAAAGAGUCCGAAAGUCCCGUCCUGAAAAAUAUAAGUGAAAGCUUUUCGGCUGUAGCAAGGAGAGAUUUGCUGCGAGCCGCAGGGCCUGAAGAAGCCUCAGAGAGCCGCCGGAAUGGACGACACCCCGAACAUCUCCUCCCGGUCACCCCGCACCGCAGCGGGACUUCCGGGGCACCUUCCCCCGGGGAAGGCGGAUCUCGAGCGGCCACCGACGGUGUGUACAACCCCGGGUGCACUCAGAGGCCUGGAAAUCGGAGGAAAAGCGAGAGCAGGCUGCCUGACCGCUGGUGGCUGCCCGGUUCUGAGCCGAGUCCCACCGUACUCGGCCCUGCACAAGCCGAGGACCCCAAACCUUUUCCGGGCCGGUACUCCGCCGUCCCUUCCAGAGGCCCUGGGGCAUCGAGUUUACCGAGGACUCCCCCAGGACUAAUACUCAUUUCUUUGUAAAGAGUAACCUAGUUUGUUUUGCCUUUGAGAUAUCAC